AAUAGCCUUCCCGAUUGUGCAUGCUGACAGGAACGAUGGUGUUCCCGUCUUACUCGUAUUCUCGAUCAAUUAAUUGGCGGCUCAAUACUCCUACGAUACAGCUACUCAUUGAAUUCCCAUUCUCAGUGUAACACUUCCCCGUUCAAAGUAAAGUAAAGUCUGUAGACGUCAUAGUGAAUCUUGAUCCCAUUCACAACCUCUCAUCAUGUGAAUCACGACCCCUCCUCAACCUUCCCUUCCCUUCCCUUCACUCUCAUCUUCUCUCACUAACCCCAUACCCAUCCAUCGCUCCAUUCACCCCAUAUCACCACCUCAGCAGUGACUCCGCAAUAUAAUUUUUAUUUGAUACACCCAUCUCCCCUCAUCUCACAAUACCCAACCCCUGACAAUGACCUCACCCUCACCCCCAACACCCCUUUCAUCAACCCAACCCCUAACAACCCAACUCCUCUCCCUCUAUAACCAGGACUUGAAAACCGCAACCCAAACCCCCUUCCUAGAACAGGCGGGCAGGGGAACACUACCUAAAGCCGUGUUGGAGAAAUGGCUUUGUGAAGACCGGUUCGUCCGUUCUUUUCCCUUCUUCUUCCCUCCCUCUUAUCUGUCCCAGCCAAGAUCUCGAAUCUCGAAUCUCAUGCCUGUAUCUCUUGAACAGAUUGGAAGGAUACCUACUGACUCCAAAAUUCGGGAUAGGAUAUACGCACACGCCUACCUAAAAUUCGCAGCGCAAUUACUAGCCGGUAUCGCGACCCAUUUACCGAGGAAAGUAGAUGCUGGCGAUAUCUACGAGCGGAUCGCGGAUGUGGUCGUCGAGGCGCUGGUGGCGAUUAGGAGGGAAUUGGGUAUGUUUGCUGAUAUUGCCCGGGAAUACAAGCUUAACAUCUCUGAUAAUGCUGAAGUGGUUUAGACAAGAUAGACUGAUGCUGCUAGCAUUUUAUAAAGCUUGAAGGUGCCAGCAAAGAUCAAAUCAAGGAAACAAUC